AUGGCGCCGCCUCACACCCUCGGACUGACAGGCCAUGGAGUCUCAACUUCAUCGUCAUCAACGGUGCCUGAAGCUUUUGGGCUGAUGGGUCCUGGAGUCAAUUCUUUCAAUUUUGGAAACAUUAACCUGCCAGGACAAACCACGGGCUUUCCUGUUGCCGUAUCUAAUAUAUCUGGAGCGACAUCUAGUUCUUUGUAUGGCGCUUUAUCAAGUACUGAGGUCUCCGCUGAGUACAUCAAGCCGGCUCGGAGGCCUAUUGCUACAUUGCCCAGACGGGGCCGCAUUCCAUCUGUGAACCAGGCUUCAUCGGUAGCCGCCUUGAACAGCAACACGAACAAGAAUCCAGAUAACUCUGGUAUUUCUCAAUCGACUUUGUCAUCAUCAACGGCACCCCAACAGCCUCUUGGUCUCAUGGAUCCUGGAGUCAGCCCGUUCAACUCUGGAAAUGGUGACCUGUAUCAGCAGGAGCAGGACAUGGCUCACUUCCUGGCAUCUCUGAAAUCAUCCCAACAGUCCUCCGCUGCUUCAAGUCAGUCUCACAAAACGCAAACUGGUGCACCUCAGGCACAUUUGCAGGCACCUAUCUGGACAAGCAACUCGGAUCCAGUCUCAGCAAAUAUAGCGGCGUGGCAGCCUCCUCGUUCAAGGCUCGAACACGUCUAUGUCACCACUCCCCAGGUUCGCGCAGAUGCUAAUUCAUUCCAGCCUCGAAGGUCUGGACAGUCGUCUAGCAACACCGACGCAACUAGGUACUUUGAUAUGGAUGCUGCUCGGAGGAACAGCGUUCCAAUCGAAUUCAACAGACUGGCACCGGGCACGCGCAAACUCGACGAGUGGUUUGAUACUCCGGACAGAUAUCUGGAGGAGGCUGCCAGCAUCACCCAAGGCAGCAUGGGCUACAACAAUGCCCGAAAUCCCUACAGCAACGACGCCAACAUGGAGGUUGCAGGACUCGGACAGGGAUCGUCGCAAUCGACCAGCACUGGUAGACAAGUCGGGACUGGCUUUCAAUUCCACCAGGCUCAAGAUUGGGGGUUCCACAACAAUCAAGGUUCACACGUGCCGUCAUCGUCGACGGCACACCGGAGGGCCCGCUCGAACAUGGGCCUGGUCAACACAAGCGGCACUGGACUUACUAGGACGACCAUACCAUCAUCUGAAAUGCGCUCUUCUAUUGAAGAGCCAUACAGAUUCACAUUUUUGUCGUCCACAGUUACUGCUCCCAAUUUCCAAAUCCACCCGCUUUCCAUCCCGACAAUUGCUCAACCACCUCGGGCUUUUGAAUUUGCUGAACCCCUGAACCUGGCCAAGUACAAUGAGCAAGGAGUCAGCUACAACAGUGUACAAGGACAGGAGGAUCCAGUCUACAAUGGAUCCCAGGAGGACACUCAGGUCAUCGAAUCCAUGGACAUUGCAUCGCAAAACCACGCCAGGGUUUUUGAAAUGGAAAAGGACGGUAUGAAGACGCCUGCUUAUAGCGGGUUGGCUCCUGUCCAGGAAAUUUUGGAAGCAUCUGGUGAGUUUUACGGUCAUCUUACGGAUUCUCGACAUUCCUUCCCAGCCACUGUCACACUGGAUCAGGCUCCUAGUUUGGUAUCAACAUCGUUGCCGGAAUUUGAAGGAGAUCAGCGCAUCGACACUCAAAUGGAUGGAAAAAUGGAUGGAACAGACGGACUGCAAGGUGCAGAGCAGUCCAACAACACCCCACCAGCAAACAAUGCCGACGAAUUGCGCCAGGAUUUCGCGCCAUUGGCGCCAACAGCUACCCCGGAUUUCUUGAUGGGAACAGAGGAAACCGCGGACGCUAUGUCUUUUGGAGAAGACGGCAACUUUACCAAAGCAGCAAUAUCGUCAACAUUACUAGCUGCCCACUUGACGGGGCAACCGCUGCGUGAAGCCAAACCAAACGAAGAUCACGCUGCUGAUCUAUCGAGGCUUGCGAUGGCUUCUGAACCUGUGAGUUCAGAAGUCAAUUUUGGUACCAUCAAAGCAGGAAUUUUGCCAGCGCAAACAACUGCCCACCUGGCGGGGCAGCCGCAGCAAGAGGCCGUUCCCAGCGCUGAUUACCCUGCUGAUCAGCCGUGGCCUGUGGAUUCCAUCGACACAUGGAAUUCUCAAUCCGCGGAAAUUUUCGAUAUUGGCAGCGGCAUUACAACCAGCGGAAACAACUUUGGGCAGCACAUCUACGCCCAAAUCCAGUCAAGAGAGGUUUCUGCAUCGGAUCCAGCCGAUAUCGAAGAAGAUGGUGAACUCGACUGGCUAGCCAAGUCAUUCCAAUCAGUGGUGCCCAAUGACCACAGCAUGCAGGACUUGGAUACUGGAGACAAGGGUGAAACUCCCUUGUCAUCGACUCCUCAGCCUCCACCGCAGCAAAGUCAAGGUGACACUCUGGUAGAAGCCGCGUCUGACGACGCUAUGGCUCCCUUACCGGCAUUCGAAGGAGUCAACGCCGAGGUCAAUCCGACUGAUGCGACCCCCGUCCCCUCCGCCACUGCCCCUUCUGCUGCUGCCCAUCAACCGGUAGCCACCGCAGAGCAGAAGGAGCACUCACCGGUCAACGGCGACUCUGGGACUGGAGAAGGGGAGAAUUCUAGUGGUAGGCCACCACUAGAGGUCUCAUCUUCUCCUUUUCCAAGUCCGGUUGAACCCACAGAACCGGCGGUCCUUCAAGGCUCGGAUAACGGCUCAACGAUGGCGCCGCCCUGUGCAUCCCCGGAACCAACGCCAACCACAUCCCAUGAAAUCCCAGACUUGGGAUCACUGGGUGUGCAGCAAGGUGAGGUCGGCGAGCCAACAUCCGCUGAAGUCCUGGAUGGGAUGGGCUUUAGUACUGGGGAAACAGGCAACAAGGUAGCGGCUCAGGCUCAACAGCCUAUUACAGGGCUUUCGGACAUCGAGUCAGCGGGAAAGCCCAAAGACAAGAAACGGCGGACCAUCAGGCGACCACGUCAGGGCAGGGAAGAGCGCCCGACCAUGGGAUGGCCAUACCACAGGCCCCCUAAUCCCGCUGCGCACAUCCGGCCAUCGCGAUUCGAAGGCAAGAUCGUCCGCCAUUCCAUUCCCACUCGCAGGUCGGAGGACAUCCCAGUUGUGGAACCAGUGCCACCUACUCGGAAACCAGCGGCCAAGGACGCACUCAAGCGUCUGGAGAGAAGAAAGUUGGGUAUCAAUCCACCACCAUACCCCAAUCGCACCGAGCGACCGGCCUUGCUUGCAAGGCUCGCGCGAUUCGGGGCUCAAGAGGUAUCCGAGGCGGUAACGGCGCCCACCAACUUGCGAGAGGCCCCCAAAGACCCGCUGCCCAAAGCGGCUUCUAUCCAGGUUCAACCGGCACCUACUACACUCCCCCGCGUGUCCCAGGCCAUCGUACACCCUCAGCCAACACCCGUCGGCCCGAUUCAGGCUGUCCAACGUGAUGCGACACCCCAGCCAACUCGAGCGCGAAAUGGCGGCCUAUUUGGACACCCCGCACGCAUUGAAGGCACACACACGGGCAUGCCGCGCGGUCAGGCGCUUCCAUUCGAGUCCAAACCAGUGGCUAGGGUAGACCCCAUUACUGCACUGCUCAGGCUCCGACCCCUGGAAGAGCCAGAGGAGGAGGACAUGGAUAGGAGGCAUCGUCGCAAUUGCGCUGAUCGCAAACGGAAGCGCACUCAGCAGAGGUGGACGCGGCGCCAGGACCUGGUGGUUGAGACUGAGGAGAUGGAGGAAGAGCCGGAAGCGGUGGACAUAAGGGAGCUUGACCCUAUUCUAACGCUGCGCGGGUUCGCGACGAUGGUGGCGAUGUUUGGGGCGGGGUUGUUUUUGGACAGCCUAGUCGGACGAUGGUUUGGCGUCUAG